GGUUAUUGCUCAUGUGCACUUUUUAGUGUUAUAUCUAAAAUCUAAAAACAUAAAUCCCUUUUCAAAUCUAGAGCAAAGUCUAUUGUGUUACGUGUGUAUUUUUAACAGUACGAAGUCCACGUCAAAGUGACAUAGGCCUUUUACUAAUUACUUAUUAUUAGAUUGUAAUAAGUGACAGUAUAUUCGGUGAAGGUAUAUUCAGUGACGGCACUUGAAAUUUCAAAAUGCCGAUGUUUAUACUUUACACAAAUUUACCCUCUGCAAAUUUGCCUAGUGACUUUUUAACUGAAACAUCCAAGAUUGUGGCCACGGCAUUAAACAAACCAGAAUCGUUUGUAGCUGUCAGGAUACACUGUGAUGUUAAAAUGAUACAUGCUGGUAGUGAUGAACUGUGUGGUUCCGCUGAAUUACAGAGUAUUGGUGCAUUAGGUGUGGAGGAAAAUAAAGUUCUCUCUUGUACACUGGCAGAACAUCUGGAAAAGACAUUGGGACUGAAGCCAGACAGAUACUACAUUAAAUUCACAGAUAUGCAAAGAUCAGAAGUUGGAUUCAAGAAAACAACAUUUGAUGAAUUGCUUGGUAAAAAAUAAGUAUUAUAAAAUAAAUUAUAUCAUUAUCUUUGUCAUUUGAAAAGUGUAAUUUGCUGGUAUUGUCCACUGACAAUUUCCCCUGAGAAUCACUAGGAAAUGAAAUGGAUGGAGUUUUACUUUCUGCACCAUAUUGGGCUAAUGAAGCGUGCAAUGAGCAUUGAAGGAAAUUUUGCCAGGACAGAGGUAUUAGCCUACUCUUUUUCAGUUUCCAACUGUCGGGGAUCUUUAACGUGCGCAGUCUGUAGCACACAGAGCCUUUAAGAAAGAAAGAAAGAAACAAACAAUUAGCCUAUAUUUUACAAGGAUAACAACUUUGGUUCACAGUUUAGGAUCCUUUCCAGGAUUUACAGAUGGGCUGUCUGGAAUUAUGAGUGAACAUGACUUAUUCCAGGUCAUUGGACCUUCAUGUACUGAUGAGAUCGGAAUCCACAGAAGCCUUUUGC